AUGAAUAGAGGUGGUGGUAGUUAUAAGAAACCUUAUAAUGGCAAGAAAUCAAGCUAUCAAGGGAAAAGGAAUAAUGGAUCGUACAACAAAUCACCGUCUAAUUAUAAAGGAAAUGGGAAACCCAAAACGGAUAGUUAUAACGGUUAUCAAGGGAAUAAGAACAAAAACUAUAAUGGCACACGCAACAAUAAUAAUUAUUCCAGGAAUAAUAAGAAUCACAAUGAUCAAGGAAAUAGAUCUCAAAACCUCAAUUCUCGUAAUGGUGGCAAUUAUAGUUCUAAUAAUAGAGCAGCAGUAUCAGCAUCUAUCGAACCAAUAACCGAGGAAAAUCUGAAUGAUUCCAAUAAUAGCAAAAUUUUCAAAUUUAUCAAUAUUAAUCUUAAAGAUUAUAAAAAAAGAAUACCCGGAGAACAAGCCAAUGUACGAGAGAGUAAAAUUGAAGAACAAAUAAAAAAUGAUAUUAUUGUUGAAUAUAGACCUAUAUGUCGAUUUUUCCUAAUGAAUUUUGAUAAAAUAGAAUUUAUUGAUGUCAAUAGAAAUUCAAUUGAAAAUUAUUUGAAAUUAAUAGUUGAUGAAAGACAUAUAGAAAUGAAAGAACAUUUCAAACAAUUUACAUUAUUGAAUUAUAUGAUACAACAAAUAAAAGAAGCUUUCAAAUUACAAAGACAUAUAGAUUUUGAUGGUGUAUCUAAAGAAGAAUAUAAUAAAUGGAAACUGGAACAAGAUGAACUGAAACAAACAGAAACCAUAACAUUUGCUGAUGAACCAUUUGAAUUUGAUGAAGAAUUGGUUGAUUUUGAAGAAGCAUUUGUUGAUGAUAAACCAAUUGAUAGACCAAUGGAUAGACCAAUUAAUACUAAUGGUAGUAAACUGAAACUCAAAACAAAUGUUUUACCCACCGUAAUUGAGGAAAAUGAACCAGAUGUCUAUAUACCCACGACAAAAUCUAGCCGGCAACAAGAACAAGAACAACAACAACAACAACAACAACAACAACAAAAAGAAUCUGAUGAAACAUCUUGGGACAUGUAUAGACCAUCUACUCGUUGGACACCAGUAUCAAGCAAUGGUUUAUUUGUUAGUGAUUCCGAGUCUUCACCACAAAAUUCAGGAUCAACAUCUAGUUUACUUUCACAAUCUAAUUCACAACAGUCACCAUCACAAAGUCAACAAAGUACACACAAGCAACAACAUCAACAAAACCAACAAAACCUACAAACUACACCACUGCGACGUCUACCACCUACAGGGCCUAAAAGCAUUACAUCAUCUAAACAAUUAAAUUCCUCAAAUUGGUCAUCACCAUCAUAUUUUCGUCCAACACCAACAGAACCUAAAUUUCAACGACGGAUAAGAGAUUAUGAAGCAGAUGAACCUUCAGAAGAAGAAAAAUUAUUAAUUGAAAGAAGAAAGAAACGAAAACUUGAAGAGAAAAGAGCAUUAUUUGGUAAAGUUUUCCAUAAUGAUGAGGAUGAUCAUGAGGAUGAUAGUUAUCAUGAUGAUCAUGCUAAUGACAUGAUAACUUCUGAUGAUUUAUUUUAUCAUCAAAUGAAAUCAAAGAAAUCUAAUAAUAUUGAUAACACUAAUAAUAUUGAUAACACUAAUAAUAUUGAUAACACUAAUAAUAAUAAUAAUAAUAAUAAUGAUGAUGGUACUGUUCGAGAUAUUGAAUAUAAAACAUUUAUUGAAAGAUUGAAAUCAUAUAAUCGAAAGAAAAAUCAAAAGAAGGACAUAGAACCCAAACCAAGAAAAUCAUUACAUCCGAAAUCAGUUCAAAGAGGAACUAUGAAGGUAAAACCUCAUAAAUUUGAUAAAAUUCUUGCAUUAAUUGAUUAA